GAUUUGGAAACUCUUUUGAUAGACAAUUAGUUUCAUCGUGAGAUAUUCAACGUGAUGAAGAAAAAAGUGACAUCCUGUAAUAUGACGAAUUUAAUAUGAAGAAGAUCAAAGUUAACAUCUAUGUGCUAUGAGACGGUGGAUUUAGUGCAAUUCAGUAUUCUGUUCCGAGAUCGCCAUGUAAGGAUUAUCACAUCAGGAGAAAAGAGAAGAAGCCUCACUCCGCGUGACACCAGUGUGUCGAGUAAUGCUGAAACACAUCCUGACGGGGCAGCCGUCGUCAACGGGCUCCAGGCAUCAUCACAAUGAUUAUCAGACGAGCUCGGGCUCGUUGCACGGCGGACACCAUCAUCACCACUUACACAACAGCUCGCUGCACCAGGAUCAGCAACAGCAGCAACAGCCGCAGUCGCAGCAACAACCGCAGCAGCAACAGCAUCUUCAUCAUCAUCACUACACCGGAAGCACCGGGACACGCAGUGGUGUCAUCGGGCAUCGCGGUAACAAUAGCGGAGUCGACGUGUACGAUUCCGUGGCGAGACCAACGGCGACAACGGUGUCGAACGCGCAUCAAUCGGCGACGACUCCUUCAUCGACACAUCGGCAUCCGUUGAACCAUUCUCAGCUGAGCGUGAACAAUUUGUCACAACGCCUGAACCAUUCGCAUGCGCUUAACGUAUCAACUCUGUCAACCUCUAAGCAUUCGGUUAACAGCGUUAGUCCGGUCGGUGGCGUCCAUGGCAAUAAUGGUGGCGGUAACAACAAUAAUAACCAUAACGUCUCAGCAAGUCAGUUGGGCCACACCGUAAUCUCGCAAACGAAUGUCUCACAUCAGGAGAGGCCAAAGGCGAACGGCGGCUUCGAUAUCUCCAGGCUAUCGCGAUUACCGAGUCAGACUACACCGUCACCCGCGCCUGCCACAUCUGCACUUCCUGUCGUAGCCAGCCAAGUAGCUGGUGGACCGACAGUGAUACCUCUCAAUGCCUCCUGGUCUUCGUCCCUAUCCAGGAAUCUCCAUCGGAGUGAUGCGGCUGGCGUGAAGGAGAUGCUAACGAGCCUCGGACUGCUCUGUCUGGUAUCCCUACUUUUAGCUCUCCUCUCGGUUAUCUUCCUACUGAAGAUCUCGCCGCUCACUGUCACGUCCAACAGCCUUAUCAGCCCGGAGGAAUUUGUGAUCGUCUACGAGGUCACCCUGGCGUUAUGCGCCCUCGCCCUGUCCCUCAAUCUCUGUUGCCUGCUGGUCUGCGCCAUACAGUUCCUUUUCGCGGUGAAGCUUGUCAAGACCUCGUAUCAGGGUCACCGGAGUAACAAGUACCUGCAAAAAUCGUCCAUCAGCCGCGUGUGCGCCGUCGGAGGUUUUUUCAUUAGUAUCCCUGUCUUCUUAACUGGUAUGAUUUUGUACACUUUCAUCCAGUUCCAUUCGACACCGGCGAUUGUCACGUCGGUCUUCAUCGGCCUUGGCAUUGUGUUUUGCGGAUGUGCUAUGGUUCACAACGUCUUCGUAUGGCAGAAAGAGAAGACGAAUGCGGUAAAAGCGUUUGCCCGCGAGCAAUGCGAGGUUGCGGCACAGCUACAGCGUCAACAGCAGCAGUUGCAACUGCAUCAGCAGCAGCCGCAUCAGCAGGUACAUUCGCAGCAUCAACAGCACCAGCAUCAACAGCAGCAUCACCAUCAUCAUCACCAUCAGCAGCUGCAACUGCGACCGACGCUGCAUAUGGGUUCAAAACUCGGUAGCGGCAGUGGCGGCCCAAUGAGCCAUUCGACCGUCAGUCUGGCCCAACUUAGUCGCGGCCUUCACCAUUCUUAUCAGCAUCAUCCUCACCAGCACCAUUCUCAUCAGCAACGGCACGUGUCCUCCAUGUCGCCACCGUUAUUACUGUCAUCACCGCAUACUGCAUCACAGCAUAAUCAUCUGACGUAUCGUGGUGGUAUCACCGCCGCCGCCGCCGCUGCUGCUGCCGCUGUCGCCGUCACCGCCACACCGUCAACGACACCCGGCGACCGGUCGCCACCGAGUCCCAACGGUGGUGGCGGCGGCAGCAGCAAGCUCAACAGGUCGCAGCACUUACCGCGUGAAAUCAGCGGCAGCGUGAGCCCGGGCCUGCCAGCGGCUACGCUUGAUCUGAGUAGUGCCGCUACUACCAACAGUCCACAUGAAUUGUCGACUCUUGUUUAA